GCGCCAACAACAACGCCAUGCAAGCAAGCAAGCAAGCGCGCGGCCAUGGAUCCGUUCUACUUCGGCCCGGACCAGCAGCUGGACGCCGCCGCUGCCGCCGUCGUCGACGAGGACUACUACCUGCAGGCGAGCCUAGGCCUGGUCCUCUCGCCGCCGGCGCCGCCACCACCAGCGGCGUUGUCCUUGCCAGGCAGCGCAUUUGAGGCGUACCACCAGCAGCGGCGUGUGCCGGCGUUGCUGGAGCACUACUCCCUGACGAUGAGUGCGCGCGGCCGGCGGUACAGUGGAGAGCAGAACUUGCACCGGAGGAUGUUCAGUUACCUGAGACGCGUCGUCGCUCAUGGUCAUGGCGCCGCCGCGGCCUCCACGGGGGGCGCCGACGUGGUGCCCCCAGCGUUCCCGGCGCCCGCGGACGAGACGACGACCACCGGUGGGGUUGGGCCGUCGUCGCAGGCGCCGCGAAGCUCGCGGUUCCGGCACAUCAUGCGCGAGCGGCUGCGGCGGGAGCGCCUCAGCCAGGGAUUCGCCGACCUCCACGCGCUUCUGCCCCUCGGCGCGUCUUCAAAAGGUGGCAAGAACGACAUCGUCGGCGCGGCGGCGGGCUACAUCAGGGAGCUGGGGGCCAGGAAGGAGUGGCUCAGCGCCAGGAACGAGGUGCUCCUACAGAGGGCGGCGACCGCGACCCGCUGGAGGGGAGGCGGUGGAACGAGGCCGAGUAGUGUCGUCGGCGGCGGCUGGGGCAUGGUGGUGAAGGUGCGAGCCGAGAGCCAAGACCACUCGACGGCGGUUGAUGCGUUCGAGAAGGUGCUCCAGCGGCUCAAGGCCAUGGAGGAGCUGCAGGUGACGGCAAUCCGGUCGCGCUUCUGCGCCGGAGGCAUGUGGAUGAACGUCGGAGUGGAAGGCCAGGUAUCCACUCGUGAGGUGGACGUGGCAAUAACAAACGCCUUGAUGGAGCUGGAGGGGAACGAUCCAAGAAGCAGCAGGCCAAGCUUCCGGUGUCAAGUCGAAAUAAGUGGCCAGAUGGGUUGAUGUUGUUUCGUUGUCGAUCAAAUCGAGCAGCAGCUAGAGAUGAUUUUUCUUAUGGCAUCUGCCAAAGCAUAAGGUAGACCAGUCACCAGUGCAUCCAGCAGUAUGCUAAAUUAAGGCCUGUUUAGAUUGGAGAUGAAAAAUUUUUGGAUGUCACAUCGGAUAUGUCGGAAGGAUGUCGGGAGAGGUUUUUAGACAUUAAUAAAACAACAAAUUAUAUAACUCGUCUGAAAACUGCAAGACAAACCUAUUAAGCAUAAUUAAUCUAUCAUUAGCACAUGUGGGUUACUAUAGC